AUGUCCGCCAUCAACGAGAUCCAGCAGAAGCUCAUGACGCAGCUGGACAUGAAGCUGGAGGAUUUGAAGCCCGAGCAGGUGGCAAGGCUGGUGGCCGCCGAGGUGUUGACGGAGAGGGAAGCGGCUUUGGUGCAGAUCAGGCUGGAGACCGCCAAGCCCAUGCAGGCGCCGGAGUUUCGGGAGGUGACGGACCAUGGAUACGCCCCCACCCUGCUGCAGCAAAGCUUCUCCGGCACCGCGCCCGUGCUGCAGACGGGGAAGGACACCAAUGCAGGCGUCAUGAAGCUGGGGCAGGUGGAUUGGCAGCAGGUCUUCGCGAACUGCAACCUGACCUACGGGAGGAUCACCAGCAGUAGCGCCUUCGGCUGCUCGUCGAAGCCACUCUUCAAGGAGCCGACCGGUGCCACCAUCAAGCAGGGCUUCCGCGCUGCGCAGGUCAGUGAGCAGGAGCUUGCCGUGGUGCUCUUCAGCGACAAGUUCAAGGCGCACUCAGAGCUCUGCAGCGCGCAAGCCUACCAGGAGGUGUGCACACCCCUUGCAGCAGCUGCUGCAGAGUACAAGUCCGCCAGUCACCAGGAACAGCGAGAAGUGGGCACCCAGUACUCUGUCGUCCACAAGUAUCAGGUGCCAGCGGGAAGCUUCAAGAUCGACACAGAGCACCUCGAGCUAAAUCCCGGCUUCGUGAAGAGCGUGGAGGAAGCCCUGAGCGCUGCAGGAAACUGCUUGCCGGAGGAGUUGAGCAAGUUCUUCGAGGACCGCAUCUUCAGCACCUACGGGGACGUCUACCCCACUGAGGUGAUGAUCGGGGUGGCCGCCUUCUCCACCGAGGUCAAGAACGUCACCAAGCAGGAGAGCAAGAAGCAGGCAACGGACUCCGCGCACGUGGCGGCCGGCGGCAUUGGCCAGGGCGUUGCGGGCAAGGGGGACGUGGCGGCCGGCACCGAAAUGGCCAGCGCGGAGGGGGCCCAUGCCGUGAACGAGAGCCGAAGCUGGACCAGCAUCGGGGCAGCCAUCAGCGACGGCAAGAACCCCCGGUCCAUCACCUCGAGCAGGGAAGACUCAAGCGCAUGGCGCUGCAUCCAGUAUGAGAAAGUGGCAAGUGUCUUCGACUUCCUCCCCAAGAACCUUCUGGCUCGCGUCCGGGAGUUGGAGCAGAAGCUGGAGUCUCAGAAGAAGCAACUCCCAGCGCUGCCCCCCAGCGAAGAUCUGGAGCGGCGCAGGCUGGCGGUGGCGGCAGUGAUCAAGGGCCUUCAGCGCUUGGACCGCUGGCAGCACACGAUGUAUCAGAGGAACGAGGCGCAGCGGCUUCUGGCGGAGGUGCAAAUCCGCCAGAAGCGCCUUGAGACCGGGGAGAGCCUGCUGGACGACGCCGAGCACAAGCAGAUCAAGUGGCUCGUGGGCCUCUACUCUGGUUUCAUUUGGAACGUUGACGACAACAAGACCAGUGCUGCGGCCCAGCGCUCGGCGGACGUCCUGGCAAAUGGGCGCUAG